AUGGUUAUUGUUCGAUGUUGGUUAGAACAACUUUUCAAUUGUGCUUUUGAAAGUGCCGUGUUUCAAAAUAUUAUUUUCAACCCAGAAAUGCUCAAUUUAUUAUUUGAUAAUGAACAAUUUCACGUUCAAAAAAUAGCUAUAGGCACUAGCAAUAUCACGCUUGGAAAUUUUGUGAACUUUGGUUUAAAUCGUUUCGCAAUUUCUGAUAUUUUUGCCCUUGGUGAUCCCGACAUUUCAGAGCAACACACUGAUAUUUUAUUCAAUAUUAUAAAAAAUGAAGGCAAAAAAUUACCUCAAACUUCUCUUGGUAUUUUUAAUAAGUUUUCAAGGCUUUAUAAUCUUGUUAUUGAGUAUAUAACAACAUCUAAAGACAUUUCAAAAAUGGUGCCUUCUAUUGGCUUAGUUUAUGAAUCACUAGAAAAUUGUAAAUUGCCUAAGAAAGCAAAAAUUAUUAAAACUAAUGGAGAUUUUACAAAAUACGAAAUUGUCAAUAUUUAUAAUCCAAAAUUGAAAUUUUUAGUUUGGUUUGAUAAACUUAGGACAGUUUUUUAUGUUAAUAUCAAAAAAAUGGAAGAGUAG